AUGCCACGCUUAAGAAAAUCGAUCCAAAAGAUCAAUCAGUUGGAUUCUGACUUUCCCAUUGACGAAGAUGAACAGGAGGAACUUUUGGAACUGUUGAAAACGGAUAACAUCCAAACAAAUAAACUAUUCAUCAACAUUUUCACCAUUAUUUACUUGAUCCCCAUCCCAUUAUUUAUUCAUUUGAAAUAUUUUAGAACUUCAAGCACCAUUAGUUUUCUAAGCAUCGUGAGCUUGGUGUUGUCAUUAAUCAAGAUUAGAUAUCUACACGUUAUAAAUUUUGCAAAUUUUGAAUCAUCAAUUGUACAAUGGUUAUCAAUUUUAUACAAGCCAUUAGUCUUCAAUGUAUUAAAUUUGAUAAUUUCCAGUAUUGUAUUGAUGGUGAGGUAUGAACAAGGGGUUGGUGAUUUGAAUUUAUUAUAUUUCAUACCUUUCUUAGCGAGUGUUAGUUCCAUAUUGUUGAUGUAUUGGAUAUUAGAAUUGGAUAAUGGUAUAACAAGUUUAAGUAAAUUGAAGUAUAAAUAUAAAUCAGCUUAA